AAAAAAUGGAGAAAAUAGUGAGGAAAGAAUAAAGAAAAAAGAAGUAUGGUCGGGAUGAUUUGCAUCCUCAUAGUACAUUCCUCGCUCCUCAAGAUGAAAACACCUUUGGUCCGAGGUUAAAGCACCCUAUCCGAGGGGUGGCGCGUCGUCGUCAGCGAGCGACCGAUCAACCAACAGGCUGCUACGACGAGAGUUCCUCUCACAUCAAGGUUGUCCUUUAAGCAUUUCCCGUCGCCAAUUUAAAUAUUAUCAGGACCGGACACAAGAUGGAUGGAUUACCCCUAGGACAGCGGAAUAUACCCCUGUCUCCUGAAUUUGACUAUCAUCAUGCAAUGGCCCAACAUGCGGCUGCUGUCUCAGCUGCAAAUAACUCGUCUCUUCACUCAGCUAUGGCAAUGUUACCUACAGGAUUAAACCUAUCAGUUAAUGCAGCAAAUCAAGGUAUUUCUCCUGGCAUACCAACUUCUUCUUUGACAAAUAGUCAUUCUGCUUACCAUAUAAAUCAUCGGAUGUCAAAUCCUGGAUUAAGUGGAAGUGGUAAAGGAAAUUCUUUGACAAAUAGUCAUUCUGCUUACCAUAUAAAUCAUCGGAUGUCAAAUCCUGGAUUAAGUGGAAGUGGUAAAGGAAAAUCAAAAUCAAAAAAACCAAAAGUGAAUAGAGCUGGGAUUCCAGCACCAAAACGUGCAUUAACAGCUUAUAUUAAUUUUACGCAAUGGUAUAGAGAAGAAUUGAAAAAGGCUGGAAGAGAAAUACCAAAGAUUGGUGAAUUUGGUAAAGAAUGUGCAGCUAAGUGGAAUGCUAUGAGUGAUGAAGAAAAACAACCAUUUCUAAAUGCAGCGGCCAAAGAUAGAGAACGCUAUAAACAAGAGAUGGCAGUAUAUAAGCCUCCUCGUGACACAAAUAAACCAAAACGACCAGGAACAACUUUCAUGUUAUUUAUGGCAGAUUUACGUAAAGAAAUGGCAGGAAGAGAACCGGAAGGUGGAGUUGCAGCCUUGGCAAAACUUGGAGGAGAAAGAUGGCGUGGCAUGACUGAAGAAGAAAAGAGACCUUACAUAGAGAGACAAAAUAAGGAAAAACUUCGUUAUGAAGGAUUAAUGGAAGAAUAUAGACGAACAAAAGGUAAUGAAGGUAUGGCUCCAGCAGUUAAAAAUGAAAGAACUGAAGAACAAACUCAAGAAAGUUCAGAUAGCUUAGAUAGUCAUACUACAGGUACUACAAGCUCUGCUGCAGCAACAAGUGGAGGGAAUAAUACAACAUCUCAGUCUAUGCUACAGUCAGACACAACACCAGUUUCAGAAUGUUCUACUCCAUCCCCACCUGCCCAAGCCCCAAGUCCUAGCCCAUCCUCAACACCAACUCCUACCAUUUCCAAUGGUAUGGCUUCCUUACCUUCUCUUUCACAUACUUCUCUUGCUAUGGGGUAUGCCCAACAUUCCUUACCAAAUUUUGCCCAUUCUGGGGGAGUUCUUCCUCCCACCCCUAACUACAAUCAAGCACACGCCCACUCAACGAUGCCGGCUAGCACAAAUUACCUCCAAACUAGUGGUGCUACGUACAACUUAGCCCAUCUCCCAAGUCACUACAACUGGACCUGAAUGUAACCAUUGAAAAGAUUGUACAGGAGUCUGGGUUUAUUCCUACUAUCUGUAUUUUUGGAGGUAGCCUACUUGUAACAAUUUUUAGCUGGUUCCAUGUGCACUGUUAUAUCUCCUAGUUUACUUUUAUUUAAUUGUAUAAGAUGUGUUGUUUAUAAACUUUAUCUCUUAAAUUAUUGUCUUAUCAUUGGAAUUAUCGGAAUGCAAUUUAGAUACUUUCAUUCCGAUAUGAUUGUAAUGUCAAAGGCUGCAAUCUGUAAUGCAUUUUUCAUAUCAGACGAAUACCAGUCUGAUUUGAUUGCGCGAUAGCGCUAAAGUUGAUAACAAUGUUAUUAAAAGUGUAUGAAUUUGGUGUGGGGGUAGUAGCAUAUUAUUCAUGUAUAGUAUUUUCUCUUGAAACAUUUUUCUCUCUGCAAUCUGACUGUAAUUCAUUGUACAUUAUGUACUGCAGCUGCAGUCUGACUGUAAUGUUGAUUCUACAUUAUGUACUGAUGAUAACGUCUGUAAGGUGUUGUGUAUCAGAUAUGCCGAUACACCUAAAACUCUGCUUCUCCAGAAAACAUUUAGUGUACUUGUACCACAUGGAUUAAGCAACAAAAAUAAGGCUAACACUCAUUGUUGUAUCUUGUAAAUGUCCUACUGUCAGUGGAAACGUAAUAUUAAUCUAUUCAGAAUAGCAUUUAAACAAAACUGAAUCAUUAAUGUUAGAAAAAUGUUUGAAAUGUUUGAUUUGUUUUUCACAUCAAAAGAAAAAACUUCAGGUUGAUAACUUGGUUUAUUAUAAAGUUUUUGAUGAAAAAUAUUUUUAAUCUCUCUACCUCUUUCUCUCUUUCUCUUAUGAAAUGUUUUUACUAUCUAGCAGGAAAAUUGUCAUAAAUGGAAUGUUCUAAUUCUGGGACAUAAUUAACAAAUCAGAUCAAAUAUAGCAAAAAUUUCUAUGUAAACUCAAAAUUGAAAACAAUUUUUAUUUUAUACCAUUAUGUAUUAUCAUGUAAGUAUGAAGUCACUGCUUUUGAAUCUAUUGUUGUCAUUUUUUGUAAAAUCAAAUAUUGUAGUAAUAUUGGUGUUGUGUAGAUGUCAUCUUUUAUAUGGCUCGAAGCCUCUGUUGUGUAUGACUGGAAAUUGUCUCGGUGCCAAAUAAUAACAACUUCCACGCAGGGUGCCAUGUUGCUUUUUUAUCACAUAUUUGCCAUUUAAAAUGAAGGUCUCAAUUGAAAAAUAAAUAUUAUUAAAUAAAAAGGAAAAUGGCCAAAGUGUGGUUACUAGUAACCACAGUACUUUUGCUUCAAUAAUAUUAAUUUAAAGAUAUCAGCUUUUAUCCAAAUAUGCACCUAGUGCAAUGAAAUUUUUACAAUACUCAUCGUGAUGAUGAUGAUGUCUGUGUAAUUGUUGAUAGUGCUAUAAUUUGGUUAUUUCUUCUGCUUCUGUAGACUCUAGAUAGCAUCAUUUUCUAUGAUGUUUCAGACGGUGUUUUGUUUUGGAUAUAUAAGUGAUGAUUGAAUACCAUUUAUAUAUUCCGUUUUAUAAUUACUAAAAAUACUUGAAUGUUGGGUUAUAUUUGGCAAAGAAAUCUUUGAUUUUGAAAUUUUUUAAUUAAAUUAUUACAUUCUCAACAAGCAAAAUUUAACUUAUUCCAAAAGUAGUUUCUCUCCCUCUUAAAGUUUUUUAUCAUUUUUUCUUCAAAAAUCCAUUCUCUUAUUGGAACGGAAUUAUGUGUAUAUUGAACCAUGUUAUAUUCAUCUUCAGUAUUGUGAAGUGUUUUUUUUAUAAAUAUAUAUAUAUAUAUACAAUAUAAAUAUAUGUAUAUUUCACAUUCAACACAUCAUUUCAAUCAUCAUGUAAAUUAUGCAAAUAUUUAAUAGUCAUACCCAACCAAACUAAUUUCAAAUCAAAGUGAUAGUCAAUCACAUUUGUUUUUAAUUUGAACUUUUUUUUUAUAUACAUUUUAUUUAUAUUCACAAAAACUGCUUCAUACAUAUGUGUAUUUCAUAAAAAAGAAAAAAAAAACAAGAUGGCAAUCAGGAUUGUGUUAAGUUCAAAAUGUCUUAAAUUGUUCAUCUCAUAGCAUUUGGUGAAUCACAGUUUUUGUGCAUUUCACCACAUUAUUAAAUGCCAAGCAUGGAUUAUCAUCUCCGUAAUUUAUAAUGUCAUUUUUGCCAUAAAUUUCCUUCAUAUUCAAAUUGCCUUUUUGGGCAAUACAAUGUCAUUAAGACAAUAAAUUCCCAGUAUUAUAAUGUUUGUUCACUUUUAAUGUUUGCUGCAAUUUUUAUAACAGGUUAUAUAUCUAUUUAUUUAUUUUUUUGUAGUAAUUUGUUUACAUAUUUCAUCAGUCAUACUCAAGUUUAAAAUUUAAACUUGAUUACUCAAAAUUAUGCUGAUCUCAAUUUUUUUGGCAACUCUUUUAUUUUGUUUGUCAUAAUUUUGAGUUUUAUUCAAAAUAAUAAUAAUAAUAAUAAAAAUUAUUACAUGCAAUACUUGUGUGAAAACUGGUAAUUCAAAUGAAUAAUGGCAAGUGAAUAAAUAUCUUGCAUAUGUAUAAUAGAAUCUCAAUUUUUUAAAAUACAAAAUGCAUUACUAUGGAAUGAAAUAAUAGCUGGAAUCUUCAAAUAGCUAAUAAAAGGAUUUGCUAUUUUAAACAGUAGGGAUUUGGACCGUGGAGAAUCAAAAAUUUAUACAUUUGUAAUGACGGUCAACAAAAACCUUUUAUAUUUUUCUUGUCUAAAAAUAUUGAUUUUUUAAUUAAUUGUGGCAAUGUUUUGUUAUAUUAUGUUGUUUUUUUAUGUUGGCAUGUUAUUUUUUAAAUUGUGCCAUUUUUAUAUUGUUUUUGAGCAGCUGAAACAUAUAUGAUGUUCAAGUUAAGUUUUUUUAUUACUUUUAAUUCUGUUUGUUUAUACUCAUUUUUUAUUUUUAAUUAUUAUUAUUAUUAUUAAUAAUAUUAUUAUUAUUAUACAGAAACAAAAUCGUGUCGACUGGCAACAUGAUGCACAAAUGAUUGUAAUUCCACAUUGGAAUUGACUUAUUCCUAGAUGAAGUGAUCAUUUUUUUUAAUGUAUUAUUUUAUAAUUUAUUGCUAUACUAUUGUUCUCACAUAUUUUGCACAAAACAUUGUCAUUUUAUGAAAAUGUGAUGACAAAAGUUUGCAAAACUUGUAAUUAUUGUAACCAUAGUGACAAAAUUGUAAAUCAUUCAUUAAGACGACAUGUUAAGGUAUAUGCCUCCAUCUCCAUUUUUUCGUAUGCAUGAAUGUAUGUAUGUAUGUUUGUAUAUGUGCGCGCCUGUGUAUGCGUGAAGUUUUCUCAAUAGGAAUGUGUACAAAUUCCUCUCUUACUUAAUUAUCAAAUUGACAAUGGUAUGAAUAGGAUGUUUUAAACUGCACAAGUUUCUUAAGCAACAUGGCAUCCUAAUUCAAUAUUUUCAUAUGAUAUAAACUAUGAUUCUUGUUAUGUAAAUUAUUCACAAGAAUUUAUUUAUUUUUUUGUUUUAGUUUUUUUUUAUUUUUUAUCUUUAUUUUUACUUUUUUUUAUGAUUUUUUACCAUUGUGUUCUGUCAGGGACCAAUUUUAUCAGAAUUUUUUUUUUAUUUUGUACGCAAACCAUAUCCUAAUUUUAAAAUCAUUUCAGAUUAGGAUCAUUAUAAUAAAUAUUUUAUAUAUAUAUUUUUUUUCAAUAUUGUAAUUUGAGUUAUUGUUAUAAAUUACGGUACUAUAACAGAAAAAGAAUUCAAAUUGAAUCUUAAUAUUGUAUAAUAACUGCAGCAUACCUGUAGUGAUUGCUAGAAAUAGGCAGCGAGAUUUAAGCUCUCUCUCUGUUCUAAGUGGCACUGCAUGUUUGUUGUUAAGUUAAAUACAAGUAGAUAUUUAUUAUUAUUUUUUCUUUUUUACAUCAAGUACCAAAAUUUCUCCCUAGUUAAUUCCCAAAAAAAAUGAUGGUCCUUUUCAUGUUGUCUUAUUGUAAUGCCUUCAAAGUGGUAUUAGUGGCUGAAAUAUUGUAACACUUGUAGAUUUACUAGGGCACAUGUGGACAUGCACCGAUCAUCAUAAUUUGUGGGAAAUUUAUGUGAAGUUAGAUAUGUAUUUGCCUACGCCAUGUCCAGAUAUAAAUAUGUCUUUGCUAAACAAAGACGAAACUGGAUGGUGAGGUUUUAAGGAGUGUAUUUUUCACUUCUGCAACCAGUAUAAUGUGCAGCAAAUUAAAAGUUACUUGUGCUAUUUUCUUGUUUUUUAUUUCAGUGUAUGAUUUUGUUAUUACUCGCACUAAAUCAACAGGGGGGAAACCUUUUUAAG